CUGACAGCGGCCCCGGACCCUCCGCCGGCCCCGGACCCUCCGCCGGCCCCGGACCCUCCGCCGGCCCAGCCUCCCCGCAGCCCUGCACCUUGCGGCGGCCACCGCCGCCGACCCCCCACCUUACCCGCCCCGCGCCGCCGAGGCGGCGGCAGGAAGCGCUGCUCGCCCGACGGCGGGGCUCCCGGUGGCCCAGCGCCGCUGUCAGCUGGGCGGGCGCCCGCGGGCCCCGAGACCUCCUCGGCAGCGAGGCGCCCGGCGCCACCCCGGUACAUGGAUUACCUGACUAUGUCUGAAUGUAUCCAGCUGUCAUUUGCUGUUUGUAGAAUUGGCAUUUACACGUGUUUCAGAGCACUUUGCUGCAAGGGACCACCACCACCACGACCUGAAUAUGACUUGGUUUGCAUAGGCCUCACUGGUUCUGGCAAGACAAGUCUCCUGUCACAGCUUUGCAGUGAAAGCCCAGAGAAUAUAGUGUCAACCACAGGCUUCAGUAUAAAAGCUGUUCCGUUCCAGAAUGCCAUCUUGAACGUAAAAGAACUUGGAGGGGCUGACAAUAUCAGGAAAUACUGGAGUCGUUACUACCAAGGAUCCCAAGGGGUAAUAUUUGUAUUAGACAGUGCCUCCUCUGAAGAUGAUCUAGAAACUGCUAGGAAUGAACUGCAUUCUGCUCUCCAGCACCCACAGUUAUGUACUUUGCCGUUUUUAAUACUGGCCAAUCAUCAAGACAAGCCAGCAGCUCGCUCCGUACAAGAGAUAAAAAAAUAUUUUGAACUUGAGCCACUUGCACGUGGAAAGCGCUGGAUUCUUAAACCCUGCUCCUUGGAUGAUAUGGAGGCAGUAAAAGACAGCUUCUCCCUUCUAAUAAACUUGCUAGAAGAGAGAGACUUCGAACCUUCAAGAAUGUGAAACACAAGAGAGAAGAGUGGUUCUCCAGGCAUCACUGUACCUGCACAUUCUGCUCACAGCUUAAUUAUGAUGUGCUAUCAGGACUGUGCUGUGAUGUGUUGCUCAUACACAGUUAGUGCAGAAUGUCCUUUUGUUAAAAUAACUAUUCUGUGAAUCAGGUACACAACUAUUUGCAGUAAAGUUGUCUACACUACUGAAAUAGGGAGCUCCUCUUUGUUUACCACUAUUUCUGCACACUGCAUGUUGCUUUCUUGCAUUGCAGUCAUCCUUGAUAGGAAAUUUUACACGCACAAAAAUAACAUAGUCUGUAAAGGAGGAAUUCUACCUGCUACUUUGGUUUUUAAAAAUAACUAGUGUCUUAAGGGUUUGUGAGACUAAUUUGCAUUAGCUUGUUUACUGACCCCACAGUAUGGAAAACACAGCCACUGAGUACCUUAAUAGGAUACUUUAAAGGCAAGCAGUUUCAUGUUAAUGCAAGGUUAGUCCUGGAGUUUUGCUGAGUAAAAACACAGUUGACAGGUUAGUUGAUUCCUCUUCUAAAGUGACAGCGUACUCUUGUCAAAGGCAGAACUGUUAUUUUGCUGGAAGUUUCCUGAAAGGUAAAUUAGCAAGCAGGUGUGUGCAGAUAACAGUAUUUGGGAAAAAUAAGUGACAUGAACAGGUGGUCUAAGUAACAGUAUUUUUAGAAAGUAUACAAAAGUUGGAUAAAGUAAUAAUUUUCAUUUAAAGUAGUUUUCCAUAAGAGAAGCAAAGCAAAUGUCUGUUAAUUCAGCUGUGGAGGCUUUAUUAGUAGUUAGACAUGUGACUGGUUUUAAAUAAGGAUUUCUUCCUUUAUCAUUCACUCAUGGAGUACUACUCUUAUCGUAAAAUUGCCAAGGCAUCUAUACCAUAAUUAAGGGCCUUCCAGUGUUUGUACUAUAAGCUUCUCUUUUAAGGGGAUAUAACGUGUUCUUUCAAACUUUCUCUGGGCUAAACGUUGCUUAAAAGGCAUUUCUUCUUCUACUUAUUCCAAUGAAUAAGUAUUCAUUGGAAAAAACAUUUGAAAAAAUCUCAUUUAGUUCCAGUAAGACAGUGAAUAUUUCCUUUUCCCAAGUUUUCCCCAUUGUAGGCUUGCAGUUUUUUGGCUGUCUUUUCUUGAUUUUUUUUAAAACCUUAUAAAGUGAUUUUGCCCAUUGAAGAAUCAUGCCAGGUCACUGGUUCACCGUUAAGUCAGCCACAGCAGGACAUGUGCAGAUCAGUCACUGGACUGGGGCACACCUUGAAUGUUGUGCCUUGUGCAUUCAGCUGCCCUCCUGCAUGAGUGUCUGCAAACACAAACUGUACUGGUGUGUCAGUGGUUCCUCAUCCAUUCUGCUUGUGUUUUGAAACUCAUAACUCCUUUUUUCAGGGCUUUAAGCAACAUAUCUUUCCACUCUCGGCGUUUAUUUUUUAAGUUUGAAGUUUAUUGUAGUUUCUCGCUAGUUUAUUUGGGAAUAAGGAAAUAGCAAGGAUCAGCUUUUAAAGGCUUAUAAAACCCAUUUCUCUAUUACUUGCAAUUAUACUCUGUUAAACAAAAUGUUUUUAAUAGGUUUUUUGUUUACUUUUCAAUUUCCGUGAAUUUCUUGCAUUGCUCCCUCAGAAUUAUUUCUGCCCAAAUGCAUGGCCUGAUGAUCACUGUUUUAACUUGCUUCCUAUUAUCAGAAAGUAGCUGGGAAAACUGGUAAGCUCCGUGUUUAAUUUUGUGAUAGAAUAGGCAGAAAGCCUGAAGAGCAUCUCUACUUGCUUUGUUUUUCUUCUCUUUCCUGCCGGGUCAAUUGCCUCACUCCUAAUACUCUUGGAAAUACCCAAGAACUGGAAUUGUUCAUUUUAAAACACAGAGAGGAGCCUUAUGUUGGUUCAGUUCUCUCUGCACAGUUUAGAUGGGGCCCAGCUGCCCAUCAGUUUCUCUCGUGUGGGCUAAGGAGGCUCCUUUCCCUGGAUUUAAAGAGGAACUGGAUCUAAUUUACAGUUCCAAACUCUCUUUUAGCUGACAUGAGCUUGGAGGCUGCAGAGUCCCCAGACAUGCACGAGGUCCUCGGAUUUCUGUCCUGUUCAGGGACAGUGACAAAGACGAAGUGGUGCGGAGGAGUGAGUGAAUUACUUCCCAGAGAAGGCAGGCAGUUUGGGGAGGCAAAAAGAGGGACUCAGAGCUUUUACUGCUUUUUUAUUGAGCACUAGUUAGAAGAUGAGAUAAAUUUUUUUUACUGUUUUUCCCCUUCUUUCCCAUAUUAAAAUUAUGGACCAAAAGGUACAGCAAAUGAAAAUAAGGCCAACUGUAUUGCAUUCUUAAAACAAUGUUUGUAUCAUCGUAUUUGUACCUGGUCCAAAAAAUCUGGAGUUUCCGAGUUACAUUUUGGUUGUGAUUUCCCAGCUAUGCACUGUUGGAAGGUGCUACAUGACUAACAUGCAAAAGACCCGAGCAGUAGAUGAGAAUAUGGCUUUAGCAUAUGCCAGUGGCCACUUAGACUGGGACCUUUUGAUGCUUAAUGCUUUUUCUUUAGGAAAAUGCCAACUGCACAGGAGCAGUGAUUCAUUUUUUUUCAGAAUGAUUUUGAAUAUGCUUUUUCUUACUAAUACAGUGAUCAUUCCUCACCACAGGUUGAAAGAAUACCUCAUAACUGCUUAAGGCUAAGACCAACGCUUAACUUUACUUUGAAUGUAGUGCUUCUGUGGUUUUGUGUUGUGGAUGGACUUAAUGGAUGUAUACCUUUUUAAUGUCUAUAAACACCUUCACUUUUUUAUGGAGGAAUUAAAAACGUUCAUAUCAGCUCACACCACACUUCCUUGUCUAAAGUGUUGUUGAAUACUCUGGCUAUGGUAGAAUAUGUAAGCACCGUGCAAGUUUUAUGCAAAUGACCAAUCUCAAUUGUUUCUUUCUUUUUCUUUUUUUUUUUUUUUUUUUAAUCUUUUCAUAUAUGUUCAUCAUUUAGGUGAAAUAAACUUGGGCACUAGGGUCUACUUUCCAUGCAAGUUCAUCAAGGAGUGAACAUGGUCUUUUUAGAAAAGAUAUUGUGCUUUAAUGUUCUUUAGCCAUCUGUUAAAUUACUUUGUGUGUGUAUGUGUGUCUAUGUGUAUGUGCCCACAUCGGGCUUCUUCUCAGACCUGUGGCUGUCUGCAGUGUCUCAGCCGUCAGAAUGAAAACAUUAUCAAUCAGUACCCAACAACAGCUGGUUUUGACAAGCUUCUGUCUGCUGCCUAAUGCUUUACAACUUGUCAGUAAGACCUCUUUGUCUGCCUGCUCUGAGCUGGUAAUCUUACUGCUUCCAUGUUGUGUCCUGUACUUGUAUUUCUAGCAUUUGUAUGGAAAAAAAGUGAAAUCUUAGUGGGUUUUGAUAUUCUUCCUUGCUGUAUGAUGCUCCAUGUGUAUCUUAGCUUGCCUCUUCAAAUGCGCUGUACGAAAAUCUGUGAUGUAUUAUUUCAUUUAACUUCUUGCAUUUCAUUAUAUUUAUAGAAGUUGCAGAUUUUUGUACCGUAUUAGUUAAUACAGUUGCCUUUUUGUAAUGGCAAUUAAUUUAUAUUACAAAAGUUUGUAUCUUUACUGUAGUUGAAAGUAUUAGUUAACUGCCAUAUUAUCUUGACUUUAUACUAAAAAUACAGUGUCUAUACACAGAAGUUGACCCAUUCAAGUGGACAACUGCUGACAUGAGCAACUUGUACUGUUUGUGAUUUAUACAUGAUUUCCACUAUGAAAAAAAAAAAAAGAAAAUAAACACUGUGUAGAGUUGAGUUGCCAAGUUUGGAUUUCUUGAGUAGUAGCCAGGUUGGGAGAAUGGUGUAUUACCUUGAUUUGGAAUCUUCAAGAUAAAUUAUUUACUCCUAGAAGAAAACAAUUAUUAGUGUAUAAUCAUUGCUAAAUUAUACAUAGUUACACCUUUACACACACAUAUAUAUAAAAAAUAGAAUCUUCCAAAAAUUGGCUGCUUUAUUUCCACAGCAAGAUGUUGUUAUUCAGGAAAUAUAUCUGAAAGAUAUUGCGGGUUUAUUGGUGGAACAGAGAUUGAAGUAAUCUUUAUACAAUUAUUCUGCAAUGUUAAACUGAGGGGCACUUUUAUAUGAAUAGAAAUUGUUUUUAAAUAAAGGGACAUGGCAAAAAACAUAUAGCCAAAAAAAGGCCACAGAAGUUGAGCAAGGGAAAAUACUAUAGGAAAAAUAAAAGUUUGCACUGGCAACUCGAUGUUAUCCUAUCAAACACUGCUUAUAAGAGACUCUCAAAAUAUAAGGUGUAACAGCUGAUGGAAGUACAGCACUGCUGAGCCAGACUGGAGUUGCUGAUUCAGCUACUGAGGUAUGUUUUUUUCAUUUUAUUAUUUUUAAAACUGCCUCUUACCAAGACUAGGAUGGAAAUGAAAGAUUUGUAAACUUAGAAUAUUUUUUAAAUUCUUUUGUUUCACAUAAAUGGGAACUGAAAAUCUGCUAAUCAUGCCUCAUUUGAUAGCUCUUGAAAGAAUUUUCAUUAGCUCAUUAGCCCUUUGACCUAAUAGUUCAAACAAAUAAAAACAUCUGUUUGUGUCAGCUGUAGGGUUAGUCAUCCAGGGCCUAGGUUGACACCAGGAUGAGAGAGAGUCCCACAUCCUACAUGAAAACAAAAACCAUACCUUUUUCAGUAUGUGCAGUUAAAAAGGACGCUGAAAUCAAGCAGGGUUGCUGAAUUGUGUUAGGUGGAGACUGAAAAAGAUCAUUACCCUUCUCAAUCCCCAGCCCUCGUGGGUGAACUGACUAACUUCAUUGUGUGGGUUGGACUGAAGAUCAUGUCUGAUAUAACUAGUUCUGAGACAUUUAUGCUUAUUGCUAGCUGCUUAUAAUGUAUUUUAGUUUUUAUCACAGCUGUAUUUAGAGAAGCCAAAGUAUGCUGUAUAUAUUGCUUGUUCAUUCACCUGAUUUCAUAGGAAAAUGUAAUAUGUGGUAUUCUGGUGGGUUUUGAUGGAAUGUAUUCAGGACAGCCUUUUUUGUGGAGUGUAUGUUUGUGCAUCAGGGAUGUUCAGCACUUAUAUUUAUGAUGGCAUAAAUAUGCCUUAGUUUUUUAAUCAUUGAAACUGUCUUAGAAAAGGCAGGUGUUCAAAUGCGGAUAUUGGUGGUAACAGUAGUCUGUGCAGCUCUAGCUAUCUGUGGCAAUAAGGUGGGGAGAACAGAAGAGAAAUACUUUAAUCAUCUGGUUGUAAGCUUUACAGUAAACCCAACAAAAGGUCCUGUACUUGUUUGGGAUGAUUAUGGAAAAUUAAGAGCUGACGGUGUGAAGAGGAGGUAUGACAUAAUCCAUGUCCAGCCAUACUACUAUUAUGAAAAUAGAGGGACUCAUUGCCUGAAAAUAGCCUGGUUUUGGUAAAGACCAUAUUUGCAAUGAAAAGCUGUUAAUUUCUAAGCACAGAAACAUUUCCUCACACGUUAAAAAUCUAUACAUAUAUUUGAGAACCUGCCCACAUGCUAAUAAGAGGCACGAAAUGUACCUAUUAGGCUUUUUUGCAAUGUAAGGAAAGCCAUUCACAAUUAAUUUUCUCAAUCCUCACUAUUAGAUUGUGAGCUAAAACUGACAAAAAAUAAAACCAGCAAUCACAGCACUUCUUUUUUACCUGUCACCUUGAAAUAGCGAAAUGCUGUUGUUCAUUUUUAUUACUGUGCCAUGUAACUAUAAUUUAUUGCAUUUCAGUGUGCACUGGAAAGUAUUUGCAUGUAUUAAGUAAAUCAAGAUAAAAAUAAAUCCUUUUGUGGCUUGGCAACUUCCAUGUAUGAAGAACUGCCCUCUUUCUAAUGAGACAUUUACCGUUGGAGCAUAGAAGCCUCAUAUCAUAGCUUUGUUAUAAAUUACUGCUAACUGAAAUGCUAAAUCAUGGAAGUCAAACAAAAGAUCUGGUACUGUUUAAACACAUAGUCCCAAAGAUUCUGUGGAGGAGAGAGCAUGUUGCAAAAUCAAACCAAGUUUAAUGGCCAAUCAUACUGCAAAGUAUUUGGUAUUUUAACAAUGUGACAGUCUUGGAUUUGGAAGGUUGAUAGAUUUUUCAGGAUCAAAAGGGCAUUUUGUAAAAAGUUUAAUUUUAUGGUAGGUUACAUUUUGGGCCUGUCAACUUUGACACAGUCCCUUUAAAGCAACAAUUCCUGCUGUGUGCUAAGGUUGGCACUCUAAAAAUUUCUUCUAUAGAAAUUAAUCCAUUCUGCAUUCUGUUAACACAUGCUAAAAUAGGAUUUUCUGUCCUGUGUCACUUUAUCUCAUUUACUUGAACGCACAUACCUGUUUUCCACUAAUACACAUCUUGCUAUUUUUUGAAACAAAAUCUUCAUGUACAUUUCCUAGUAGGCUAUAUGUGCUGCCAUGUUCAAUAGCAUAUCCUCAGAGAAGGUGAUAUACACCCAAAUCACAGUAGUAUUGUAUACCUUUCGAAGACCCCAUUUCUGCCAGUAUCAAAAUGGUGUAUUUUUAAUGCUUAUAACAACAAAUGUCUGUUUGCAAAAGUACAUCAGAAUUAUUUUAUUAUAGUGUUCCUGUGUGUGGUGUCUUUGUAAAACCUAGAGAUUCAAGAUUUGAAUGGGAUUGUACCAUUUAAAAUUAACACUGAUUAAACUGUAGUAUCUGGGAAAGUGUUUUUUUUUUUUUUAUUUAACAGUGGAAUGAACAAUACAAUCUCAUUAUUGCCUUAAUAUUUACCUUGCUACAGAGAAAAAAUAAGCACUCAUUGUCAAUAAUGUAAAUUAUAACAGCCUUAGUCCAUCUUUACUAAAGUGCUUUGUUUGCCAAUGAGAUAGUGUAAUCCUCUCUGGUUUACACGUCUGUCAGUUAAAGUUGAAAGCCUUCCUUCAUGUAUCUGAAACUGAGAUUAAUUUAAAAAAAAAAAAGCUAAUUGCCUUUUCUAAAAAUAUUUUUGUACAUGAUUUGCAGGAGUGUGACUGAUGCAGAAAAGUUCACUGUUUACCUUUAAAAUAUAGAGCUUGACCUUUUGGUUACAGUAAAUACAGUACUGCAAGUCUGGUAAAGUCAUCACAUAUACUAAAGGUAUUGAGACCAUUUACCUCACAUUCCUCCCUAUUAGCUUCCACAAUUAACAUGAUCCACAGCUGAAAAAAUAGUUCUAGUUGUCAGUGAUAAAUGGGGUGAAAUCGUCAAUCACUGAAGUCGACAGUAUUAUUUUAAAAAGAUAUUGCAAACAAAUGUUUACCCAAAGAUAGCAGUAUGUUGCUGAGAUCCCGUUCCUCGGGGUUCUCAUUUCAUUCACAUGGCAAACUGAGUUUAGUGCUCACUUUCAGAGUGAAGAGUGCUUUUUUCUUUUCUUUCUUUCUGUAGCAUGAAGAGUACCAAGCUGCCAAGCACCAAAGUCUUUAGCAGAACCAGGAACCUGCCUGGUAACCCUCUGAGAUCUGAGACAGAACUUUAACUUUUUGUUUACUUGUUUUCUUUUUUUGGUAUGAAGUGCAGACCUGAGGUUUCGGUUCAGUCCUGUCUCCACUGAGAGGUGCCAGUAAUACAGGAGUCUGCUAUUAUGGGCUAUACAAAUAUCUUGCUUAUUUUUAGUGCUUGCUUUUGAUUUCUGAAGAAUAUUAAUAUCAAGGUCAAAUAUUAUGUGGUGGUUUCAUAUGUAGAUGUAUUGGUGACCUAGACAUUAAAGAGAAUGCAUACUGUGUUUGCAGAGAAGAAAUCUCUUACUUGUUUUUUCCAUUCUCAAUGCUAAGUGGAGAAAUCUUCCAUAAAACUGCUUUGGGAUGGUGAAUCUUGUUCUGGUUGCUUGUGAGAG